AUGCUCAAGGCUGUCGAGGAGAUUCAGGAAGCCUUAGGUGAGGAUGCCGUUAGCAUGGACGAGACGGACCUAGAGAGCCAUGCGUAUUCAGAAUGGUCCACUAGCAACGCAGAAACAGCGCCGAUUGCGGUGAUUAGGCCACUUUCGACAGAACAGGUUUCUGUGAUAGCGAAGAUUUGCACCAAAUACCGUGUCCCCAUGGUCCCGUACGGCGCAGGCUCGAGUGUGGAAGGGAACUUUAGCGCGCCCUACUCCGGCAUAUGCAUUGACCUAUCGGCCAUGGACAAAAUCGUGGCCUUCCAUCCCGAGGACAUGGAUGUGGUUGUCCAGCCCGGUGUGAAUUGGGUUGCCCUCAACGAGAAGAUCAAGGACACCGGGCUCUUUCUACCGCUUGACCCUAGCCCCACCGCGACCAUUGGUGGAAUGGUGUCGACAAACUGUAGCGGAACCAACGCAAUGAGAUAUGGUACAAUGAAGGAUUAUGUUCUCAGCAUGACCGUCGUGCUUGCUGACGGGUCGGUUAUCCGCACUAGACACCGACCGCGGAAAACGUCGGCCGGAUAUAAUUUGAACUCCAUUUUCACAGGAUCAGAAGGAACACUUGGAAUCAUCACUGAGGUUACCGUCAAGCUAGCUGUCUUACCAACCAACUUUGGGGCAGCCACGGCAACGUUUCCCACAGUCAAGCAUGCUGCUCUUGCCGCCUCGCAGAUGAUUCGGAAAGGUGCCCCUUUAGCCGCCCUUGAAUUGAUGGAUGAAGUACAAAUGAGAGUCAUAAACAUGAAUGGUGGUACAGGUGGCAAGAGCUGGGCUGAGCUGCCAACCUUGUUCAUUAAAUUUUCUGGUAGCGAGCAUACGAUUAACGAUGGCAUCGAGUCCGCGCAGGAAGUUGCCCGACAGUAUCAGUGUCAAGGCUUUGAGUUUGCCAAUACAGACGCAGAAAUUCAGUCUCUCUGGUCUGCUAGAAAGGAGGCACUUUGGUCUUGCCUAGCGGUAAGGCCAGAGGGAACCGAGAUAUGGUCGACCGAUGUUGCCGUCCCAAUCUCUAAGAUGGCGGACUUGAUUGAUCAAUCCAAGGCGCGCGCGGGGAAACUAGGUCUGUUCAACACAGUACUUGGACACGUAGGAGACGGCAAUUUUCACCAAGCAAUUAUGUACAACCCAGCCAAGGCGGAUGAGAAGAACGCUGUCGAGGAGUGCGUUGAAGCAAUGAUGCAGCAGGCACUUGUUUUCGAGGGUACUGUUUCGGAAUGUUUGGUCAAAGAGCUUGGCCCAGCCACGAUUGGUGUGAUGAAGGCCUUGAAGGAAACUCUGGAUCCUCAGUCAGUCAAGCUCGGUGCCUACAAUUUAAUAACAUGA